AAGAAAGAAAAGAAAGCGACUGAAACUGGAUAUGAUCGUGACAGUGAUGAUGAUGAGGAUGAUGUUCAUGUCACUAUCGGAGACAUUAAAACGGGAGCACUACAGUAUGGGAGCAGUGGGACCUCAUGGAGACAACUUGGUAGAAAAGAUUCUAUCAGUGCUCCCGCAGUUUCCCGGCCACACGAGUGAUGGGAUGGUCAGCAUGGCCGGGCUUACGGCCCUCCAGGCUGAAGACGAGAAUCAGAACGUGGUCGCACCAGGCUGUCUGGCACAAUCCCAGUGCCAGAUCACUGAAUUUUGACCAUUUGGGACACUCCUGGAUCCAAGGAACUGUGAACUCAGAGCAGCACACACACUUGUCCCAUGCGUGGUAGGUGCACAUUCCCUCCACAUUCUCUUGACCGGACAGCAGAGAUUUGGUUAUUUCACAGCUGUGGAUACGGACCCCAAGGAGAACCCAUCAACUCUGUGCCACUUUUUUGAGUCUUAUUCCUUUGAGCCUCCUGAAGGUGCCUCCCAGA